CCGCCCCUUCCUCCCCCCGCCGGAAGCUGGGGAGGGGCUGUGGGCGCCAAGAUGGUGGUGGCCUGGGCUUCUGCGGGAGAGGGUGGUGUGGGUGUGGUGUAGUGAAGCGCAGUACUGCGUCUGCUGCGAUGCCCAAGUACUACGAGGAGAAGGAGGAGGACGGGCGCGCUUGCGGAGGAGUCAGGGAGGAUCUCCGGCAGUGCCUGCUGGAGAGCCCCUGCGUCAUGCAGGAAAACAAAAGCCCUAGACAAUGCUUGAAGGAGGGACACUGUAGAAGUUUGCAAAUUACAUUUUUUGCAUGCAAAAGAUCCAUGUUGGAUACCAGAGCAAGAUUCAGAGGAAGGAAGGGAUACUGAAGCACUCAGGAAGAGAGACGGCCAUGGGAAAUUGGGGUUCGUCAGCACUUUAAGCAAAACAGAGACUGAAGUAAGAAGAUGUAUCUGCUGCUGCAUCCCUGCAUACAGUGUUUUCAUGGAAGGUAUCUACUUCUGAGGAUUCUGAUAGAUUGGGCUGGAUGUGCAUUUUAAAUGUUAAAAAGAAAGCAGAUGCAAAACCAAGUUCUGGCUAAAAUAGGUACCUUUCAUGCACUUGUAAUAAAAUACAUAAAAUCCAUAAUAAGCUACAGUAGUUACCUUUGUGUUUUGAAGUGAAAUUGACUUUUGUAGUUAUGUUAUUUCUGAUAAUGUUUUACUAUUACAAAUAAUGCAAAAUUUUGGGAGUUGCGAGUUCGCUCAACUAGUAUCUCGUAGGAUACCUCAGGACAGAGCUGUUGUUUCCAGACAUGAUGGGCUGACCAAGGCUGUGAAAUAUAUGUGCUAGCUGCUUCCUUCCCAAUAGGUUUAUUAGUCAAUAAACCUGCACUAAUAGAUAAGAGUGGUGAUGUUUACGCAGUCCCACGUACGCAAGGAUGGCAUCUCUUUUCAUCUUGCUAAAAAUUUCUUUUAAUAUGAUGAUUGAUGCACAUGUUUAUUUUUGUAGUCUGGUCUUGCUGGACAACUAGAUUAAAAUUUGGUUUCUGUAAAGUAAAAGGUGUCUGAUUUAUCUUACAGUAAUCUGUCUCUUCAUUGUAUCAACACAGGUACAGGAGAACUAUGGCACUAUUCUCUUCAGUAGUUUGAGAGCUGUAUGCCAGGAUUGCCUGUAUACUAAUUAUAUUUCUUUGGAUGGGGAUGAGGGGUCCCUCACAUGCAAACAGUUAAGGAGACCAUGGUUGCUAUUGCUGUAUUCUAGAAGUAUCUACAAGAGUAUUUAAGCUCCUCUGAGAUAACUCUGGACCAUGUUUUUGCCUUAUUUUCCAAGGAAGUAUGUAAAUACUAAUCCAAAUACAUGCACAGACUAGGGGUGAUUA